UGGCCUUUUUUUUUUUUUUUUUCCCUCCUGGAAUUCGAUGGAUCGGAACUUGGAAUCUUCGAACGUCGGUGGUUCUAGAAUAUCUACAUGCUGAUCCUCUUUGUUGUGGCACAUUAGCUCAUUCGGGGAGACCAUCCGAAGGCAGCAAGAUGUUUCUCACUAUCUUGUACUUCGCUUUGCCCUUAAUGGGUGUACUUCUGCCUGUAGAAGCGAGCGGGUUGCCUGGAGGGGACCGCCUUGACUGCGUGAAAGCCAGCGAGCAGUGUCUCAAGGAGCAGAGCUGUAGUACUAAAUACAGGACACUGAGGCAGUGUGUAGCCGGCAAAGCCAUCAACUUCAGCCGGGCGACAGGCCUGGAGGCAAAGGAUGAAUGCAAAAGCGCCAUGGAAGCUCUCAAGCAGAAAUCUCUGUACAACUGCCGCUGUAGGAGGGGCAUGAAGAAGGAGAAAAACUGCCUGCGUAUUUACUGGAGCUUGUACCGGAGCUUUCAGGGAAAUGACUUACUUGAAGAUUCCCCUUAUGAGCCAGUGAACAGCAGACUAUCAGACCUAUUCAGUCUAGCACCAAUUGUAUCAGCAGAGCCAGUGGUUUCGAAGGGGAACAAUUGCUUGGAUGCAGCAAAAGCUUGUAACCUAAACGACACCUGUAAGAGGUUCAGAUCUGCUUACAUUACCCCCUGCACCACCAGCACCUCCAAUGAGAUCUGCAACAAGAGGAAGUGUUGGAAGGCACUCCGGCUCUUUUUUGACAAAGUUCCCCCAAGGCACAGCUACGGGAUGCUCUUCUGCUCCUGCCGAGACGUGGCCUGUACAGAAAGGAGAAGGCAAACCAUUGUUCCUGCCUGUUCAUACGAGGACAAGGAGAAACCAAACUGCCUGAAUUUACAAGCCACUUGCAAGAAGAAUUACGUCUGCAGAUCUCGCCUUGCAGAUUACUUCACAAACUGCCGGCCUGAGUCCCGCUCUGUCAGCGGCUGUCUGAAGGAGAACUACGCUCACUGCCUCCUCGCUUACUCAGGCCUCAUUGGCACAGUGAUGACACCAAACUACAUAGAUUCCAACAGCCUCAGUGUUGCCCCAUGGUGUGACUGCAGCAACAGUGGAAACAACAUAGAUGAAUGCCUGAAAUUUCUGAAUUUCUUCCGGGACAAUACAUGCCUUAAAAAUGCAAUUCAGGCUUUUGGCAAUGGUACUGAUGUGAAUGUGUGGCAGCUAAUCGUACCAGUACAGACCACUGCAGCCACAACUACAACAGCUUCCAGAGUUAAAAUACCAGGUUCAGAGACCACUGACAAUGAAAUACCCAGCCACAAUGAUUCACCAGCAUGUGCAAACCUGCAGGCACAGAAGAAGCAGAAAUCCAAUGAAUCUAUAGAUACAGAGAUCUGUCUUAACGAGAAUGCUAUUGGGAGAGACAACACAGCAAGAGUCUCCACCAGUCACAUAUCUUCAGAGAGUUCCCUGGCUCUUCCCAGAAGCUUCUAUCUAAGCACAUGGCUCACUCUGAUGACACUUGCACUCUCACUCUCUUUGUUCCUAAGCUCAUCAGUCACCUUGUAGCUGCAUUAUGAAGGGACAUGAGGGGGAAAAAAAGAAAAAAAAAAAUCAAAAUCUGUUUCCUGUCUUCUGUUGUUUCUCUGGAAUUCCAGGUCUGGGAGCUAAGCUGAGGGACUCCUGCUAGAAUGGAUUCAGUCAGCUGGAUUUUUUUUUUUUUAUUUUUUUUUUUCUUCUCUAAAAAAGCUUCUUGUGAUAUUUAGAGGCUUUGUGAAAUAUUUGGUGCAGUGCUACAUUCCAAACCCAAAAGGCUUUUGGGCAUGCAGUGUUUUAAAGAAACAGUGUGUAAAUUUGCCUGUAAAGCGACCUGGUUGGAUUAUUUUAAUAAUUAUUAUUUUAAUUCUGGCUCUUACCUAAGAAGGAGGAUGGCUUUUUUCUUAAGAUCGUAUUUAUCUCAUUGAACGGUUUUGGUUUUCAAAUUGAUUUAACUUCAGAUAAUGAAGGAUGCCAGGUUUUUGUCUAACGGUGAAUGUUCUCCCAGAGAGUGGACUUUAUGAAACUUUUUCAUUUGAUGAAUUGCUACUGAUGUUUCUCUCUUUCAGUGUAUUAGCAUUUUCCUCUUUAAAUGUUUAUGUACUGUAAGUGAUUCUGCGUUCCCUGCUGAGAAGCCAUUAUAAUUCACAUACAGGUAUAAUGUAAGUCUUUCAGUUUAAAUUCUCAUAAAAAUAGCGUGGCAUAGAACUUCCUAACAGUAUGUUUCUCUUUUAAUUAUAAUAAUCCAGCCUUAACAAGGGUGAAGAUUCUUUAGCAAGAAGCAGCCAUUGUGAAAGCUUGAUAAAGAUACAUUUCUUUGAAUUUGAGAAGUGGGAGAAACAAAUUCUGCUACAGGGUUUCAGCUGUACAGUCUACGGUCUUCUGUGCUUCCAUUGUGAUAAUAUAGUCCAGUUAUUAUACCCUUUGUUUAAUAAAAACUGACAUACAAUUUAUUUGCUCUACU